AUGUGUUCCGGUUCUGAUAAUCCAAUAAUUAUUGAAGAACUGGAUGUAGAAAAGGUGUCGGUUGAAGAAAUCGAGUUGAUACAUUUAUUGAAUAAUUAUGGAAUGUCCGAACGAGUUAUUGAAGCGUUUCUCGUUAAUUGUUACACCAUCGAAACAUUGAAAAUCAUACAGAGGAAGGAAAUUGAGGAACUCCUUCCUUCGCCGUUUCUUGCUGAGCGAACCAGAUUCAUUCAUGAAUUGGACUCUUGGAGGAAGGCACAGGGGCUUUCAAAAGUCAGCGAACAACCCGUUACUUGCAAUUCAUCUGUGACCCGAGACAACAACGCGCGGCCCUCUGAAGAGACUCAAGUGUCUCGAGAAGCCUGUACUGCCACCUUCUUAUUGAACGCGUCAUCGAAAGGGCAAGCCAUCCUAAGGAAGUACAGCAAAACCGCGUUCCUCUCCAGAUCUGACAAAAAAAGUGUCACCCACAUCGUUGUUGACGAGUUCAAAACCCGUUUCUCUAAGCUGUCAUCGUCGGAACUUCUGGAUAGAGCUUGUGAGCUGAAGCAAUUAUGACAUAAUAUACGCAUCAAAACAAUUUCUCACUUAUUUAAAAAAUAAAACAAGAAAAUACCACGAAUUAUAAAUACAACCAUAUUCAUUUAUUGAGCUAAAUAAAUUUUUAUUUAAACCAAGAAAAUAAGCAUUUUGGGUCCAAAAAUUAGCUCUGUUCCUUUUA